AUGCUCUUUCGACAGCAGCAACAGCUCCCUUUGACGACUCAGAACCAAUGGAUUAUAAACUAUCAAAGGGGGGAUAUACAGUAUGCCGUAGCUCGCGCCCUUGCGAUGUUCUUAAGCACCGGUCUUUUCGCAAAUGGAUACGAUUGGCCUGAAGAGAAGGCCCGGAGAGAGCAGCUCCAGGCCCUGGUUGAUCAGAUGGAUGCGUUCCUCGGGUAUAUUUCCGAUGCAAUCCACUUCACUGAUACGGAGCUAGUUUAUGCCCUGGUCCUCUUGUCGCGGAUCCACGUGCGAGGCGACUCCUGUGUUAGUGUGUUUACCGUACGGCGGUUUUUACUGGUAUGUCUUCACAUUUCUAUUCAGAUGACUCGAGACUAUGAGCUGACAUUCUGGCGGUGGCCCGAGCUUCUCUCCAAUCUAGAUCUCGCAGCGUACACGGCUAUGUACGCUGAAGCCCUGAAGAUCCUCGACUGGAAUACUCACGUCGUAAGUGAGGAGUUAGCGACAACGCAUGCACAUAUCUCUUCAUUUCUCAUUGUGCAUGACGAACGGAUACAGCGGUACGCGGACCCAUACACGCCCUACUUGAUGCAUCAGUAUUGGCAUCCGAAUUCGUGCUACUUUUCCCCUAUGCCCGUUUACAAUUUACCACAGGUCUAUAUGUGGUAG